CCUGGACGCACCCUGCGGGGGCGGAGCCGAAUCUGCGGCACCAGCACAGCCCCGGGGAGCAGACCUUGGCCUCAGCACCCGGCCAGAGAGCCCAGGCGAGAAUCAGAGGGGACCCUGCACUGACUGAGAGCCUCCAAGGGAAGCCAGACUUAAUGGGAUGGAAACACCUCUGAACUUAGUCUCAAAAAGUCCAACGUUUGACGUUUAGCUCCGCUUGAUUUACUGUAUCUUGGCCAGAAUUCACAAUGACAACAAUAACAGUGACCACAGAAGUUCCCCCAAAGAAAAAGAUGGAGGAUUCUGCCUUGUAUGAAUGUACAUCAGCUCACAUUAUUGAAGAGACUGAAUAUGUGAAAAAGAUUCGAACUACUCUGGAAAAGAUCAGAAGUCAAAUGUUUAAAGAUGAAGUAAGACAUAACAGUAGGAAUCACAAACUAGAGGCAAAGCCCUGUGGAAACUUUCAAAAUGGCUCCGACUCUGAAGUGGACCCCUCUUGUUGCAGCUUGGAGUUGCUCAUGGAAAAACUGAGAGGAAAAGACCUGCAGCUCUUAGAAGUGAACAAGGAGAAUGAAGUAUUGAAAAUCAAGCUGGAAGCCUCCAGAGAAGCAGGAGCAGCAGCUCUGAGAAAUGUGGCCCAGAAAUUAUUUGAAAACUACCAAGCACAGUCUGAAGACGUGAGAAAGAAGCACAAGGACAGUAAACAAUUACUCCAGGUUAAUAAGCUUGAAAAAGAACAGAAAUUGAAACAACAUGUUGAAAAUCUGAAUCAAGUCACUGAAAAACUUGAAGAAAAACAUAGUCAGAUCACAGAAUUGGAGAACCUUCUAGAGAGAAUGGAAAAGGAAAAGAGAUCACUGCUAGAAAGAAAACUGUCUUUGGAAACCAAGCUGCUGCAACUCAAAUCCAACACUACAUAUGCUAAAAGUUGCCAGGAUCUUCAAACAGAGAUUUCCAUUCUCCAGGAGCAGAUCUCUCAUUUGCAGUUUGUGAUUCACUCCCAGCAUCAGAACCUGCGCAGCAUCAUCCAGGAGAUGGAAGGAUUAAAAAAUAAUUUAAAAGAACAAGAUAAAAGAAUAGAAAAUCUGAAAGAAAAAGUCAACAUCCUUGAAGCCCAGAAUAAAGAACUAAAAACCAAGGUGGCACUUUGGUCUGAAACUCCUAGGACAAAAGUAUGUAAGGCCGUGUCCACCAGUGAAACGAAGACUGAAGGCACUUCCCCUUAUGUGAUGUUGAUUAGACUACGGAAAUGAACUUCGGGAUAAAGAUCCAGUUAAGAAGGACAAUAUGGAUCUCAUUCUUUCCUCAAUAUGGUGUCUAAACAUUCCUGUUAAAAUAGCUUAAUGCAAGUAUUUAAAUGGGAUUUAUUAUCUAUCGGUUGCUUUGGCAGAAGAUGAUAUUCCAGAAAACCAUGCACAUAUAUACUUGAAGAAGGAACUCUUUCUUCAAAACUUGGUAAAUAAACGAAGAGUCCAGGUGCUUUCUUGGAGGGAAGAUGAAUUCUGUCUCAAACCUAAAAGCAAAGAGAAAAUCUGAAUCUUGUUUCCAGAUUUUUGCUAAAGGAACUCUUUCAAAUUUGUCAGUUUUGACAUUUUGAUAGUGGUUUUUAUGUGUACAAGCAGAGUGAAUAGAUGUAUGAAUAAAUAGUCUAUUUAAAGUUGACUUAGCUAAUAAAAAAUAUCUUACUAUGACAUAAGUUUAUCUCCUAACCUAUUGUUAAAGAGCAAAUUGUUUCCUGCUGAAUUAUGGACAAAGGAAAGAGUAGAUUCUUCUAAGCUAAUUUCCUAACCCAUCCUGCCCACAGAAGAUGAGAAUCAUGGCUGCAUUCAUGCAAACAUACUGAUGCUCAGGAAAAUACAAUACACUGCAAUUAAACGAGCAAGGAGAGACUAAAGGGGAAUUCUCUUUAAGACCUUCAUCAUCCACUGUGUAUAACUCUCAACAUUUUCUCAGGAAAAUGUUUCCAACCUUUCAGUAUGGAAUAUGAAGUAUCAGUAUUAUUUAUUAAUAUUUAAAGGUAUGUACAAGUGAGGUGAAGUAUUUAUAAAUUCAUGCAAGUACUGUAGUCCUCUAAUGUUGCAUUACUCACUGUGUGAGUUUUAGCAAACAAUACAAAUGUUUGUCCUUGCAAACAUUUGUAUUGUUUGCUAGUUUUUAAGGUAGUUAUCUAAUAAAAUUUACGUCUUAGUUAUCCUAUGCUGGGGCAA